UGCUGGGAGCCCGGCUUGGGGUGUGCCGCGUGAUGCCCAUGGCCCUGCCCGGCAGGCUCGUCGCCCGGCUCCCCAGCCCCGUGUCCCCGCAGGUCCUGUCCCUCGGGGCCGAUGUGCUCCCGGAGUACAAGCUGCAGGCACCGCGCAUCCACAAAUGGACCAUCCUGCACUACAGCCCCUUCAAGGCGGUGUGGGACUGGCUCAUCCUGCUGCUGGUCAUCUACACGGCCGUCUUCACGCCCUACUCAGCCGCCUUCCUGCUCAACGAUCAGCAGGAGGACUUGCGGCACACCUGCGGCUACUCCUGCAGCCCGCUCACCGUGGUUGACCUGCUGGUGGACAUCAUGUUCCUCAUCGACAUUGUCAUCAACUUCCGCACCACCUACGUCAACUCCAACGAGGAGGUGGUGAGCCACCCGGGCCGCAUCGCCAUCCACUACUUCAAAGGCUGGUUCCUCAUCGACAUGGUGGCCGCCAUCCCCUUCGACCUGCUCAUCUUCGGCUCUGGCUCCGGCUCCGAGGAGACCACCACGCUGAUCGGGCUGCUGAAGACGGCCCGGCUGCUGCGGCUGGUGCGCGUAGCCCGUAAGCUGGACCGCUACUCGGAGUACGGGGCAGCCGUGCUCUUCCUGCUCAUGUGCACCUUCGCCCUCAUCGCCCACUGGCUGGCCUGCAUCUGGUAUGCCAUCGGCAACAUGGAGCAGCAGAGCAUCGGCUGGCUGCACGCGCUGGGCGACCAGAUUGGCAAGCCCCUGAACCGCAGCGUCCCGCUGCAGGGGCCCAGCAUCAAGGACAAGUACGUCACCGCGCUUUACUUCACCUUCAGCAGCCUGACCAGCGUGGGCUUCGGCAACGUCUCCCCCAACACCAACUCCGAGAAGAUCUUCUCCAUCUGCGUCAUGCUCAUCGGCUCCCUGAUGUACGCCAGCAUCUUCGGGAACGUCUCGGCCAUCAUCCAGCGCCUCUACUCGGGCACCGCCCGCUACCACACCCAGAUGCUGCGGGUCCGCGAGUUCAUCCGCUUCCACCAGAUCCCCAACCCGCUGCGCCAGCGCCUGGAGGAGUAUUUCCAGCACGCCUGGUCCUACACCAAUGGCAUCGACAUGAACGCGGUGCUGAAGGGCUUCCCCGAGUGCCUGCAAGCUGACAUCUGCCUGCACCUCAACCGCAGCCUGUUGCAGAGCUGCCGACCCUUCCAGGGGGCCAGCAAGGGCUGCCUGCGCGCCCUGGCCAUGAAGUUCAAGACCACGCACGCCCCGCCCGGCGACACGCUGGUGCAUGCCGGCGAUGUGCUCACCGCGCUCUACUUCAUCUCCCGCGGCUCCAUCGAGAUCCUGCGCCGCGACAUGGUGGUGGCCAUCCUCGGGAAGAACGACAUCUUUGGGGAGCCACUGAACCUGUACGCGCGGCCGGGCAAGUCCAACGCGGAUGUGCGGGCUCUGACCUACUGCGACCUGCACAAGAUCCAGCGGGAGGAGCUGCUGGAGGUGCUGGACAUGUACCCCGAGUUCUCAGACCGCUUUUGGGCCAGCCUGGAGAUCACCUUCAACCUGCGCGACACCAACAUGAUCCCCGGCUCCCCCGGAAGCACCGAGCUGGACGGCGGCUUCAACCGGCUGCGGCACCGCAAACUGUCCUUCCGCCGGCGCACGGAUAAGGACCCGGAGAACGCCGGGGAGCGGAGGAGCAGCCAGAAGCCGCUGCGGACGGGUCGGAACCACCAGGCACCGGGGGUCCCGGGGGAUCAGCCUGAGUGGGAACCCUCCAGCGACGAGGACGAGCGCCCCACGCCCAUCGCCAGUGCCGGCCAGCUGUCACCCCUCCGCGCCAACGGGGAGCUGUUGAUCCAGGGCGACGGGCAGCCCAAGGGCAGCGAGACGUGCAGCCCCCUCUCAG